AUGGCUUCAAAAGUGCCGUGUGUAAAGUUAGAGAACGGUAAUGAAUGCCCGAUAUUAGGAAUUGGGACAUGGAAGUCCAAACCUGGUGAAGUGACCCAAGCUGUGAAGGAUGCUAUAGACAUCGGCUACAGACAUAUUGAUUGUGCGUAUAUAUAUGGCAAUGAGAAGGAGGUGGGAGAGGCUGUCACUGAGAAGAUCGCUUCUGGGGUUGUUAAGAGGGAGGACCUCUUCAUCACCUCCAAGCUCUGGAACACCUUCCACCGCCCGGACCUGGUGAGAGGUAUUUUACUCCAGACCCUCAAGAAUCUGAACUUGAAAUACUUAGACUUGUACCUCAUACACUGGCCCCAGGCAUAUAAGGAGGAUGGCGAGCUGUUCCCAACAGAUGAGUCAGGCAAGAUCCAGUUCUCCGAAGUGGACUACAUCGACACGUGGAAGGCGAUGGAACCCCUCGUGGCUGAGGGUCUGGUGAGGAGCAUCGGGGUGUCCAACUUCAACUCGAAGCAGAUACAAAGAUUGUUGGACAGUGCGAGUGUGAAACCUGUUGUUAAUCAGGUGGAAUGCCAUCCCUACCUCAACCAAUCGAAACUCAAGGCCUUCUGCGAAGCCCGCGGCAUCAAGCUCACCGCCUACUCGCCCCUGGGCUCGCCUGACAGACCCUGGGCGAAGCCUGACGAGCCUCAGCUGAUGGACGAUCAGAAACUGAAGCAGAUCGCCAACAGGCUGGGCAAGACUGUCGCGCAGGUGCUCAUCAGAUAUCAAAUAGAUCGAGGAGUCAUCGUGAUACCGAAAUCGGUGACCAGAUCUCGUAUAGAGUCCAACUUCAACGUGUUCGACUUCACGCUGUCGCCCGCUGACAUGAAGGAGAUUGACUCGUUCGACUGCAAUGGACGAUUUGUACCGAUGACUGCGUCCCUGGGACACAAGUACCAUCCCUUCGAAAAUGAAGAGUUU